AUGUGUCACGGUUGUUAUGCUCCUCCUAUCUUUCUUUUGCCUCUCAUCGUGGUGCUGGACGGCUUUAACAACGUCCGAAAUGGCAUUCUUGGCCUGGACGAACGCCUUCGGGAGAAUAAUCUCAAAAUGAUGAACUUGUUUAAAACAAAGUCAAAGGAAAUUCAGACCACCUCGAGCCGAAACGUGAAUGAGAAGACCAGUCUUUCCAUUCAAGAAAUUAAGCAAAAUGCCGACUCCAUCAAUUUGAGCGAACAUCAAAGGGACGAAUUGAUCAAAUUACUCAUUCAAAGAAGUGUCGCCAGAAUGGAACAAGGCUCGUUCAAAGAUGCCAAGGAAGACCUUGUACAAGCUCUGGAAAUGAUGAAAUCUCACCAUAAUGAUGAGAGUACAGAAAAAGAGCACAAGCCUGGACAGGUCAUGAUGACCUUCUCAAAGCAAUUCUAUUUAUCUGAAUAUUUACUUGCAAUUUGCGAAGAUGGGUUGGGUAAUUUUGGAGAGGCUGCCCAAAUGUUUGUAAAGGCCAUCCACCACAGGGAGGAAACCAAACAAAUCCUACACUCAGCGCUUCAUGAUGAUACAACUCUUGUUGAAAACAAUAUGGCUGAGUUGGAACACGAGUUCUUUAAAAUGCAGUUAGACGCGAAACAACCAUUGGAAAGAGCAGCAAUGAAUAUUUCAAAAUCAUGGAACGAUUGGGGCAAUUCAUUUGCGAAUAUUGGAGGAAGUGUGAAAAAUUUCAUUAAUCAUGAUAUGGGACUCAAUGUUGAGAAACCUUUAAUUCAAUCGAAACCAAAAUGCAUCAUCUCUAUGGAAAUGCUGUAUAUUCGAGCAGGUUUGGCCUAUUAUAGAGGUGCAUUUUACUCAGAUGCCAUAUCUUGGCUUAACAAAGCUGUGGAAGAGGGCCAAAAGUAUGAAAGUUCUCUAUUAGAACAAACCUACUAUAAUCGAGGACUUGCCUUUUACUUUUACGGGCAAGUCGAUGAAGCGAUUCAAGAUUUCACAACAAGUAUCUCCCUAAUGCCUCUCACUAAACAACGAGAACAGGUUUAUCUCAUGAGAGCCGCUUGUUAUGGAAGAAAAGGUCUGACAAAGAAACGCGACGAUGACAAUUUCAAAGCGAAACUCAUCAAUCUGUUAUGUAAGCCAGUAUCACUGUUCCACUACAGACUAUUGAAUGAUGAUCUAUUGCUACAUAUAUUUUCCUUCUUGGAUACAAGGCACUUGAUUGUGUCAAGCGCGGCAGAUAAGUAUUGGAGAAGUUUGGUGCAAAAAUUCUUCCUGGAAAAUGAUAUCCAUUAUUGUUUGAAUGGUUUGAUUUCAAAAGGCCUUGUUGAAAGAGGAGAAAAGGCCUCUAGAUCAAGCAUUGAAAAAUUGUUCCUUCCACGCCAAUCGUUUACUUCUACUGAUCUAUUGGAGAGAGUUUUGAAACAUCCACUCUUACUUAACUAUGCUAAGAACUUGGUUGUGUAUUCUUCAUACAAACUAUCGGCGUAUUAUGGUGGUGGUCUUUCGUCCUUAAUUGAAAUAGUCUCCAAAAACUUUAAGAAUCUUAAGAGAUUGACGUUUGACGAUAUCGCUAACCCAGUUGUAUUGGCCAAUGAUCUAUCAAAACACUCUCCUCAACUGAAGUAUGUUGAGUUUAGACAUUACAUGCCUUACGACACCACCAACCUCCAAUUGUUUAUCAAAAACUUGCCAAGCUUGGAGCAUUUAGUUCUUGACACGGUUGUGUUUAUGAAGGAAAAAGAAGAUGAAAAUCCAUUUGAUGGAUGUUCCAACUUGCAAUUAGUCGAGUAUGUUAAGGUUGAACAAAAGGACAUUCGAACAUUCAGAGAACAACAUGCUGACAUGAAAUAUUUUACCUGGGAGGAGCUUGAAAAGAAGAACUCACAUAUCAUCUUUAAAACAAUUAGCCCAAGGCCAAGUAUUUAUGAAUCUUAUGAGUAA